AUGGUGUCCAGGUACAAAAAAGAGUUUUUGGAGAUUGAGAAGAUUGGAUCGGGAGAGUUUGGAGCAGUCUUCAAGUGUGUAAAGAGGUUGGAUGGCUGUGUCUAUGCCAUAAAGCGCUCUAAAAAGCCACUAGCUGGCUCCACUGAUGAGCAGCUGGCAAUGCGGGAGGUCUAUGCCCAUGCAGUGUUGGGUCACCACCCUCAUGUUGUUCGCUAUUACUCUGCCUGGGCCGAGGAUGACCACAUGAUCAUCCAAAAUGAGUACUGCAAUGGUGGAAGUCUGCAGGACCAAAUCAUGGAGAACAUGAAGUCUGGCCAGCUGGUGAUGGAGCAGGAGCUGAAGGAGAUUCUUCUACAAGUGUCCAUGGGGUUGAAAUACAUCCACAGCUCUGGCCUGGUGCACAUGGACAUCAAGCCAAGCAAUAUCUUCAUCUGUCGGAAGAUGACAGAGGCAGAACAGGAAGACAGUGAUGGAGAAGAUGACCUUUCCUCUGCCAGUGUCCUGUAUAAAAUAGGUGACCUUGGUCACGUGACAUCCUUCACCAACCCACAAGUUGAAGAAGGUGACAGCAGAUUCCUGGCCAAUGAGAUUCUACAGGAGGAUUACAGCCAGCUUCCCAAGGCUGACCUUUUUGCUCUUGGACUCACCAUCACUGUAGCUGCUGGCGUGGGACCUCUUCCGUGCAAUGAUGACAGUUGGCAUUACAUCAGAAAAGGCAACUUACCAGAUAUUCCUCAGUCCAUCUCGCCUGCCUUCUAUGACCUGCUUAAGCAACUGAUUCAUCCAAAUCCAGGGAUGAGACCAUCUGCUGCUGCCUUGGUGAAGCACUCUGUCCUAAGACGAUCUCAUGGGAAGGCAGCACAGCUCCAGAAACAGCUGAAUGUAGAAAAAUUUAAGACUGCCAUGCUGGAGAGGUUGGUGGUCGGAACUGAAAGCUGCAAAACUUGCUCAGAAUUCCGGGAAGGAUGA